AUGGGAUGCGAAUACCACGACGGCAAAAAGGGGCAGUACUUCGAUGGCCACGACGACAAGAAGACCCUUGAAUACCCACACGACGAGUUCCUCCCGGCGCUGUUCGACACCCGCGACUACAUGGAGGUAUGGAUUCCGAUGGGCAAGGAUGAAGCGAUCGUCUGGGGUGUUGACGUCGAGACGGUGGAGGAGACCGAGCGCUUGCCGGAUGGUGGUGUCUGGGUUUGUGUCGAUGAUCUCGAGUCUGCGCUGGCAGACUUGCCCGAAGACCUGCAAGCCAGAGUGCAGAGAAAGAAAACCUACCCUGACGGGAGGUGGACCAUGCUUCUCUACCAGGACGAGAGCAUAUUUCGAGCCAACGACGACCAGAGGCGCGCGUGGUAUCGGGACGGCCAGCAUGUGCCCGUGAAGAAGUCACAAGGCCAGGGGAUCAUGGUGUCGGGGACGAUAAUCCACAACGUUGGCUUCUUCUCGGCGUCGCGGGCACAGAUCCAGGACGCGGAGCGCAACCGCAGGAAACGAUGCGCCGCCUCAGCUGCCGCGAAGCGACGGGGGGAAAACGUGAAGGUGGAGAAGUUCCGCCCCAUCGACAUGCUUCAUGAAGACGAGCAUGGACAGUACUGGUCCUACCACCUCUUCGAGUACGGCAAGAACAAGGAGGGAUACUGGACCGGGCUCAGGAUGCUGGACCACAUGUCAGACGUGCUCGACAUGUUCACAGUUCUCUACCCUGAGCACAAGCCUGUAGGCCUGUUCGACUGGUCGUCCUGUCAUGACUGCAUGGAGGUCGGCGCACCGUCGGUGAAGAGAAUGAACUUGGGUGUCGGUGGUGUGAGGAACGGAGAAGAGCUUGCGCCGAUGGACCCCGUGACCAUUCUCGAAGAUACCCCGAACCUCCCAGCCGGCACGGUACAGCACUUGGCGUUUCGGAGGGGGGACGAUCCCCCCUUCCACUCCCCGCAUCUCAAGCCGGCGCAAUACGUCGGAAAGUUGAAAGGAAUGCGGCAGAUUUUGUGGGAGAAGGGGCUCCUGGUCAAAGGCAUGAGUAAGAUGGGGGGCUCGGGCGAAAAGCAGGACCUCAGCAAAAGCAUGGAGCACGUUUUGGGAGAGCAGAAGGACUUCAAGGAAGUUGAUUCUAGUCUGGUGCUGUUGAUGCAGCGCCAC